AUGGCUGCACCCAGUCUGUCUCCCACUGUAGCUAUUUCCGUCCAGGACUCUGCUUGUCUUCAGGAGUUGGAAUGUCCUCUUUCUAUGAAAGACCACUUCUGUUGCCAGAGUGAAGACCUGUUUCUUUGCAGUGACUUAGCGCCUCAAACAGCCUCCAGCGCUGGUUCUCAGGAGUCAGUGACUUUCCAGGAUGUUGCUGUGGACUUUACUGAGAAAGAGUGGCCCUUGCUGGAUUCCUCUCAGCGGAAACUGUAUAAAGAUGUGAUGCUGGAGAACUAUAGCAACCUUACUUCAGUGGAUUGGAAAAUUCCAUCCAAAACAAAAUGGUCGAUUCUCAUGGAGGAUAUCUUUGGGAAGGAAACAGGCAAUGAUGUGAUAGUGGAAAGAAAUGGACUUGGUGAGAAGCCCACUGAAUUUGCUCACUUUUUUGAUGUCUUCAGCGUGGGGGCUCAUCUUCAUCAGCAGAUGGGACGUCGCGGUGGGAAGAGGCCCUACCACCGCCGUAACUAUGGGGCAGCCUUCAAAGAUGGUCCACGUCUCACCCAACACGUGGACAUUUACAGUGGGAGAAACAUGUACGAAUGCCAUCAGUGCCAGAAGGCCUUCACCACCAGGUCCUCACUCACUCGCCACAGGAGGAUCCACACAGGAGAGAAGCCCUAUGAAUGCAGCGCCUGCAGGAAAGCCUUCAAUGACCCGUCAGCCCUUCGUAGUCACGUGCGAACUCACACCAAAGAGAAGCCUUUUGACUGUGAUCAGUGCGGAAGUGCAUUCCGCACCCUCUCCUCCCUGAAGAUACACAUGCGGAUUCACACGGGGGAGAGGCCUUACGAGUGUAACCAGUGUGGGAAGGCCUAUGGUAGGAGCUGCCACCUCACAGCACACAAGAGGACACACACUGGAGAGAGGCCCUACGAAUGUCAUGACUGUGGCAAAGCCUUCCAGCACCCUUCACACCUUAAAGAACACAUCCGGAAUCACACCGGGGAGAAGCCCUACGAGUGCACUCAGUGUGGCAAAGCCUUCCGCUGGAAAUCAAACUUCAACUUGCACAGGAAAAAUCACAUGAUAGUCAAAACGUACGAAUGUACGGAGUGCGGGAAAUCCUUUGGUGACGGUAUCUCACGGAGGAAACAUAUGCGAAUUCAUAUUGUCAAGAAACCUGUCAUCUGUCGACAGUGUGGAAAAGCCUUCAGAAACCAGUCGAUCCUUAAGACACACAUGAAUUCACACACUGGGGAGAAGCCAUAUGGGUGUGAUCUGUGUGGAAAAGCUUUCAGUGCAAGCUCGAACCUCACAGCACACAGGAAAAUACAUACUCAAGAGAGGCGCUAUGAGUGUGCUGCCUGCGGGAAGGUCUUUGGUGAUUAUCUAUCACGAAGGAGGCAUAUGAGCAUUCAUCUUGUAAAGAAGCGCGUGGAAUGCAGACAGUGUGGAAAAGCCUUCAGAAAUCAGUCUACCCUCAACACACACAUGAGAACUCACACAGGAGAGAAACCAUAUGAGUGUGAUCAUUGUGGGAAAGCCUUCAGCAUAGGCUCUAACCUCAAUGUGCACCGGCGGAUCCACACUGGGGAGAAGCCCUACGAAUGCCUCACCUGCGGGAAAGCCUUCAGCGACCAUUCAUCCCUGAGAAGUCACGUCAAAACACACCGGGGAGAAAAGCUUUUUGUGUCAUCAACGUGGAAGAGGCUCCAGUAG